AUGGUCGCCCUCUCUGAGAACAGGCACUGCCAAACUGUCAUCAUCAAAGGCUACAUGUCCAAAUAUGACCCAGAAUCCCACACUGCCAAGAGUCUCAAUUUCUCCUCUGCCACCAACCUCUUAUGUUUCAGACAGAAUCGCUUUGACAACCUCUUCCGCAAGUACAUCACAUACACAGGUGGGGAGGAGCUCUUUGGCCUAUCUGUUACCCAGCAUCCACAGCUGCUUGAGAUCAGGAAACAGUUGACACUUCUCCAAAAGCUCUACGGACUCUACAACAGUGUCAUUGACACAGUCAACGGUUACUAUGACAUCUCAUGGGCCGACAUUCACAUUGACAGAAUCAACAAUGAACUUCUUGAGUUUCAGACGAGGUGCCGUAAGCUGCCGAGGGCCCUUAAAGAGUGGCAGGCAUUUCUUGACCUGAAAAAAACUAUUGACGAAUUUAGUGAGUGCUGCCCCUUGCUGGAUCUAAUGACCAACAAAGCAAUGAUGACACGCCACUGGAAGAGAAUUACUGAGGUUACAAGUCACACCUUUGAGGUCGAGACUGAUAACUUCAAGCUUCGCAACAUCAUGGAAGCCCCACUGCUGAAGUACAAAGAAGAAAUAGAGGAUAUCUGUAUCAGUGCUGUGAAGGAGCGUGACAUCGAGCAGAAACUCAAGCAAGUAAUUGCAGAAUGGGACAACAAGACCUUUACCUUUGCCCAGUUUAAAACCAGAGGCGAGCUCCUUCUGAGAGGAGACAGUACGUCUGAGAUCAUUACUAACAUGGAGGACAGCCUGAUGGUGCUUGGUUCACUUAUGAGCAACAGAUACAACACACCUUUCAAAGCCCAGAUCCAGAAGUGGGUUCAGAACCUCUCCAAUACAACAGAUAUCAUUGAGAACUGGAUGACUGUACAAAACCUCUGGAUUUACCUUGAGGCUGUUUUUGUUGGUGGAGACAUAGCCAAACAGCUGCCAAAGGAGGCAAAGCGCUUCUCCAACAUCGAUAAAUCGUGGGUUAAAAUCAUGACUCGAGCUCAUGAGAUGCCCAAUGUAGUCCAGUCGUGUGUGGGAGAUGAGACUAUGGGUCAGCUACUGCCUCACCUGCUGGAACAGCUAGAGAUGUGUCAAAAAUCUCUCACAGGGUAUCUGGAGAAAAAGCGAUUGCUGUUUCCACGGUUCUUCUUUGUAUCGGAUCCUGCAUUGCUGGAGAUUUUGGGCCAAGCAUCUGACUCCCACACCAUCCAGGCUCACCUGCUUAAUAUCUUUGACAACAUCAAAUGUGUCCACUUCCAUGAAAAGAUGUAUGAUAAGGUUUUGGCAAUAUCAUCACGAGAGGGUGAGACAGUUGAGCUGGACAGGCCUGUCAUAGCAGAGGGCAAUGUGGAGGUCUGGCUUAAUGCACUGCUAAAAGAAUCCCAGAGGUCUUUGCACCUUGUCAUCCGUCAGGCUGCACUUGCCAUUCAAGACUCUGGUUUUGAGUUGAUUGAAUUUUUGGACUCCUUUCCUGCACAGUGUCGUUUGCACAUCAAAAGCCCCACAGACUUUGAAUGGCUGAAACAAUGCCGUUUUUAUUUCAACGAGGACACGGAUAAGAUGAUGAUCAACAUCACUGAUGUGGCUUUCAUUUAUCAAAAUGAGUUUCUAGGCUGCACUGACAGGCUGGUCAUCACUCCUCUCACUGACAGAUGCUACAUUACUUUAGCUCAAGCUCUGGGAAUGAGCAUGGGUGGAGCUCCAGCCGGGCCAGCAGGAACAGGAAAGACGGAAACCACUAAGGACAUGGGCCGCUGCCUGGGCAAAUAUGUGGUGGUAUUCAACUGCUCUGACCAGAUGGACUUCAGAGGCUUGGGCAGAAUAUUCAAAGGUCUCGCUCAGUCUGGCUCCUGGGGAUGUUUUGAUGAGUUUAACCGCAUUGACCUGCCGGUGCUCUCAGUGGCGGCUCAACAAAUCGCCAUUGUGCUCACCUGCAAGAAAGAACGGCGGAAGAACUUUAUCUUUACUGAUGGUGAUAAUGUAGAGAUGAACCCUGAGUUUGGUAUCUUCCUCACAAUGAAUCCUGGAUACGCAGGGAGACAGGAACUUCCAGAGAAUCUGAAAAUUAACUUCCGCUCAGUGGCGAUGAUGGUUCCUGACAGGCAGAUCAUUAUCAGAGUGAAACUGGCAAGCUGUGGCUUCAUUGACAAUAUCGAGCUGGCCAGGAAAUUCUUCACUCUGUACAAACUGUGUGAGGAGCAGCUCUCUAAACAGGUUCACUAUGACUUUGGCCUGCGCAAUAUUUUGUCCGUCCUGCGUACUCUUGGUGCCGCAAAACGGGCCAAUCCCAAUGACACAGAGUCUACUAUUGUCAUGAGAGUUCUGCGAGACAUGAACCUGUCCAAACUGAUUGAUGAGGAUGAGCCAUUGUUCCUCAGUUUGAUUGAAGAUCUUUUCCCUGGAAUUCAGUUGGAUAAAGCUGGAUACCCUAAUCUGGAAUCAGCCAUAGACAAACAGGUAACUGAGGCUGGUCUUAUCAAUCACCCACCAUGGAGGUUAAAGAUCAUUCAGCUAUAUGAGACUCAAAGAGUUCGUCAUGGUAUGAUGGCACUAGGACCCAGCGGAGCAGGAAAAACAACUUGCAUCCAUACACUUAUGAAGGCCAUGACUGAUUGUGGCGAACCUCACAGAGAGAUGCGGAUGAACCCUAAAGCUAUUACUGCACCUCAAAUGUUUGGUCGACUCGAUGUGGCAACCAAUGACUGGACUGAUGGAAUCUUUUCCACUCUUUGGAGGAAAACACUCAGAGCAAAGAAAGGGGAACACAUAUGGAUUGUUCUUGAUGGGCCAGUUGAUGCUAUAUGGAUUGAAAACCUGAACUCAGUCCUGGAUGAUAACCGUACACUGACAUUGGCCAAUGGUGACCGCAUCCCCAUGGCCCCCAAUUGCAAGAUUGUGUUUGAGCCACACAACAUCGAUAACGCCUCCCCGGCCACAGUGUCCCGUAAUGGAAUGGUGUUUAUGAGCUCUUCUGUCCUUAAUUGGAGCCCUAUUUUGGAGGGCUGGCUGAAGAAUCGCUCCCCUCAGGAAGGGGUGGUCCUGAGGGAUCUCUUUUCGUCCUCCUUCCCUGAGCUCUAUCGGUUCAGCAUUCAAUCUUUGCAGUAUAAGAUGGACAUGCUGGAGGCCUUCAUCAUCAUGCAGUGCAUAAACAUGCUGCAAGGACUCAUUCAGCCCAAGGAGCAGGGAGGGGAGCUGUCUCGUGAGCACAUGGAACGACUGUAUGUCUUCUCUCUGAUGUGGAGUGUGGGAGCCCUAUUGGAACUGGAUGAUCGAAUGAAGAUGGAGCAAUGGCUCCGUCACCAUGACAACAUCUGCCUAGACCUUCCCAACAUCCCUCCCCACAGCGAGGACACUAUGUUCGACUUUUACGUCACUAAUGAUGGCCAUUGGGUUCACUGGAAUACCAGAGUGGAAGAGUAUAUUUACCCACCUGACUCUACACCAGAGUAUGGCUCCAUAUUGGUGCCCAACGUAGACAAUGUUCGCACUGACUUCCUCAUCCAGACCAUUGCAAAGCAGGGAAAGGCUGUGCUUUUGAUAGGAGAACAGGGCACUGCCAAAACUGUCAUCAUCAAAGGCUACAUGUCCAAAUAUGACCCAGAAUCCCACACUGCCAAGAGUCUCAAUUUCUCCUCUGCCACCACACCUCUUAUGUUUCAGCGCUCUGUGGAGAGUUAUGUAGAUAAACGAAUGGGAACCACUUACGGCCCUCCGGCAGGGAAGAAAAUGUCCAUCUUUAUUGACGACAUCAACAUGCCUGUGAUCAAUGAGUGGGGUGACCAGGUCACCAAUGAAAUAGUUCGGCAGCUGAUGGAGCAAAAUGGCUUCUUUAACCUGGAGAAACCAGGAGAGUUCACCAACAUUGUGGAUGUCCAGUUCUUGGCAGCUAUGAUCCACCCUGGAGGGGGACGAAAUGAUGUCCCCCAGAGGCUGAAGAGGCAGUUUUCUAUUUUCAACUGUACUCUUCCUUCCAAUGCCUCCAUAGACAAGAUAUUUGGGGUGAUAGGCACAGGCCAUUACUGUUCUCGUCGGGGAUUUUCUGAGGAAGUACGGAACACAGUGGUCAGGCUGGUUUCACUGACCCGAAGACUAUGGCAAAUGACAAAGGUUAAAAUGCUGCCCACUCCUGCCAACUUUCACUACAUUUUUAACCUGCGUGACCUCUCCCGCAUCUGGCAGGGAAUGCUCAGCGUGACUGCAGAGGUCAUCAACUUGCCUGAUGUAUUACUACGGCUGUGGAAGCAUGAAUGCAAACGUGUUAUUGCUGACCGGUUUACUGCCCCAGAGGAUGUGGCCUGGUUUGACUACACACUGGCCAAGCUGGUAGAAGAAGAACUUGGGGAAGAUGAACGAGUGGUUGUGGAUCCUGGGGUGGAUUCCUACUUUGUGGACUUUCUCAGAGAUGCACCUGAGGCCACAGGUGAGGAGCCAGAGGAAACUGAUUUCGACAUGCCAAAAGUAUACGAGCCUAUCAAAUCUUUUGAUAGUCUAAUGGAGCGGCUGAACAUGUUUUUAAAUCAUUACAAUGAGAGCAUCAGAGGAGCAGGCAUGGAUAUGGUUUUCUUCAGGGAUGCCAUGAUUCAUCUGGUUAAGAUUUCUCGGAUCAUCAGGACCCCUCGGGGAAAUGCCCUCCUGGUCGGUGUAGGUGGUUCUGGAAAACAAAGUCUGACAAGACUAGCGUCUUUUAUCGCUGGCUACAAAACUUUUCAGAUUACACUCACUCGUUCCUACAACACCCCCAACCUGAUGGAGGACCUGAAGGGCCUGUACAGAACUGCAGGACAACAGGGCAAAGGCAUCAGCUUUAUUUUCACUGACAAUGAGAUCAAGGAGGAAUCCUUCCUGGAGUACAUGAACAACGUCCUUUCAUCAGGAGAGGUGUCCAAUCUGUUUGCUCGAGAUGAGAUUGACGAGAUUAUCAGCGACCUCAUUCCAGUCAUGAAGCGCGAGUUUCCACGGCGACCACCCACGAAUGAAAACCUAUAUGAUUAUUUUAUGAGCAGAGUGAGACAGAAUCUUCACGUGGUUCUGUGCUUCUCUCCAGUUGGGGAGAGGUUCCGUAAUCGAGCUUUGAAGUUCCCUGCUCUUAUUUCGGGAUGCACCAUGGACUGGUUUAGCCGCUGGCCCAAAGAUGCUCUGAUCGCAGUGUCAGAACACUUCCUGUCCAGGUAUGACAUAGACUGCUCUCCUGAGGUAAAGGGGGAAGUGGUUCAGUGCAUGGGCUCUUUUCAGGAUGGGGUGGCAGAAAAGUGUGCAGAUUAUUUUCAGCGUUACCGACGUUCAACACAUGUCACACCCAAAUCCUACCUGUCCUUUAUCCACGACUACAAGACCAUCUACAAAGAGAAGCACUCAGAGGUUCAGACUCUCGCUGAAAGGAUGAACACCGGCCUCCAGAAACUCAAGGAGGCCUCUGAGUCUGUUGCUGCCCUCAGCAAAGAGCUGGAGGUGAAGGAGAAAGAACUUCAGAUAGCCAACGAGAAGGCUGAUAUGGUGUUGAAGGAGGUGACCGUAAAGGCUCAGGCAGCUGAAAAGGUCAAAGUCGAGGUUCAAAAGGUCAAAGAUAAAGCGCAGGCCAUAGUUGACAGCAUCUCUGCAGACAAAGCCAUCGCUAAAGAGAAGUUGGAGGCAGCCAGGCCUGCUCUGGAAGAGGCUGAGGCAGCAUUGCAGGUCAGGAACAGUCCAGACAAAGGAAAUACAGCUUGGGGAGGCCGGACCAGAGAGAUCUGA